AUGUCGAUAUCGACGUCGAUGUCGACCACUCUGUACGGUUACGUUACCUGGCUACCGGACCCCGAAAGCAUCAAUGAAUCGACAUUGGCCAAUCAACCUGCUCAAGAUUACUCCAAGACGUGGGUCCCACGCCGAGGCAAAGACCAUUUUCAGUCGUGGUUGUCCUACUCUGGGUCCUCGAUCCUUAAUCCAAGCGCGAUGCCCUAUUCGAUGAAUCUCAGGGCAGGACUGCCUUGGUACGCCGUCACAUACAAUGGCCACCCCUCUGCUCUGGAAGGUUCAUAA